AUGGCCACAAAAGUGCUGACAGCCUCACGCAAGGAUCCGUAUUCGAGAAGAGCCCCUAAGCUUGAGACGAGACGCACAGCCAAUGAUCACUUUGAGAAGAAUUGCCGAUCGAGAGCCGUGGAUGUAGGCCGAGGGAUUGCCCGGGCGCUCUCGUGGAAUGUCGACGGCUCGAAGCUAGCAUUCGGAACUCAGGAUGGCCAUUUGUCCGUGGGAACCGUCGAAUCGGGCUUCAGGAUUAGCUCUGGUUUCCAGAGCACAAACCACGGCGACGAAGUGACGGCCGUUUCCUUUCAUCCACAAAUCGCGAAUGUCGUUGCCAGCGUCUCGAACAAUAAAACAGUCAACUUGUGGGAUAUCCGGAGCACAAAGCCCGCGUCGUCGAUGGUAACCAAGUCGGGCAAUCUGCUGUGCACCUGGACGCCGUGCGGAAAUUAUUUGACGGUGGUUGGCAAGGACGACAAGGUGCGCGUCAUCGACAAACGGACAUUCACCGAGACCGAGCCGAGUUUCAGCUCCAAAAAUGCGAUCCUCGACGUGAUUUACGAUGAAACGGGCGACCUCCUCUUCGUUUCGACGUUCAACGGCAGAAUUGAAGUGCUGAACGGCCGGGAUCUGCACCAUCUUCAAUCGAAACAAGUCCAUUCUCCUGGCACCAACUGUAACGCGUUGGCAAUGACGCGUGAUGGUAGCCGAUUGGCCUGCGGGGGCAGCGAUUCCCUGAUCUCGCUGUGGACCGUCGACGAUAUGAUGUGCGAACGGACGAUUGGACGCUACGAUUGGCCGAUUCGCGCGAUAUCUUUCUCGCACGACGGUCGUUUGUUGGCCGGUGCUUCCGAGGACCAUCAUAUCGACAUUGCGUGGACGAAUACGGGCGGGCGUGUUUAUGAAGUCAAGCACGAUGCCGAGACGUUUUCCCUGGCCUGGCAUCCCGUUCACUACGUUCUCGCUUAUACUGGUGCCGAGCACACAUCAGGAAGAGAAAAGCCAUUUGUCCGCAUAUUUGGUGUUCAUGCA